CCUUACCCACUGCUGCUUCCCCAGGCCCCCGGCAGGCCCCCAACCCUGCUUGCUCCCAGCUGGGCGAAGAAGGAUGUCGGUCUGCUACCGUCCCCCGGGAAACGAGACGCUGCUGAGCUGGAAGGCGUCGCGGGCCACAGGCACGGCCUUCCUGCUGCUGGCGGCGCUGCUGGGACUGCCCGGCAACGGCUUCGUGGUGUGGAGCCUGGCGGGCUGGCGGCCCGCACGGGGACGGCCGCUGGCGGCCACCCUAGUGCUGCACCUGGCGCUGGCCGAUGGCGUGGUGCUGCUGCUCACUCCGCUCUUCGUGGCCUUCCUGACCGGGCAGGCCUGGCCGCUGGGCCAGGCGGGCUGCAAGGCGGUGUACUACGUGUGCGCACUCAGCAUGUACGCCAGCGUGCUGCUCACCGGCCUGCUCAGCCUGCAGCGCUGCCUCGCCGUCACCCGCCCCUUCCUGGCGCCUCGGCUGCGCAGCCCGGCCCUGGCCCGCCGCCUGCUGCUGGCCGUCUGGCUGGCCGCCUUGGUGCUCGCCGCCCCGGCCGCCGUCUACCGCCAGCUGUGGGCGGACCGCGUGUGCCAGCUGUGCCACCCGUCGCCCGCCCACCCCGCCCCCCACCCGAGCCCGGAGACUCCGACCGCCCUUGUGCUCCCCUUCCGGCCGCGGCUCGGCUGCUACAGCGUGACGCUGGUGCGGCUGCGCGGCGCCCGCUGGGGCUCCGGGCGGCAGGGCGCGCGGGUGGGCCGGCUGGUGAGCGCCAUCGUGCUCGCCUUCGGCUUGCUCUGGGCGCCCUACCACGCGGUCAACCUUCUGCAAGCGGUGGCCGCGCUGGCUCCGCCUGAAGGGGCCUUGGCGAGGAUUGGCGGAGCCGGCCAGGCCGCACGGGCCGGAACUACGGCCUUGGCCUUCUUCAGCUCCAGCGUCAACCCGGUGCUCUACGUCUUCACCGCCGGGGAUCUGCUGCCCCGGGCAGGUCCCCGUUUCCUCAAGCGGCUUUUCGAGGGCUCCUGGGAGGCCCGAGGGGGCGGCCGCUCUAGGGAGGGAACCCUGGAGCUCCGAAGUAUUCCUCAGCUGAAAGUAGGGCAGGGCGGGGGCAAUGGAGACCCCGGGGGAGGGAUGGAGAGGGACGGUCAGGGAUGGGACCCUUGACACCAAACCAUACCAC